AUGGAGGUAAUAAUCUUGCAAAUACUGAUCCAAAAAAGCUUUAUUAAACCCGGGAGCUUGAGACGCCAUCGUAGAGGAUGUCUCGCAGGUGCUGAAGGUGAAGAUUGUGAGAAAAUCCGGAAAAAAAAUAAUUUAUUUCUUCGAAAAACUUUUUCGCGCGAAAACACAGUGGUGCAAUCUGCUUCCCGUAGCGAAAACAAGACUACUGUCGAAAGAAAAAAAAUAAUUUUUAUAAUUUUCAGGAAAAAUUCUACUUCAUCUUACUUUUUAGCAAUCUUUUGCGCGACUUUACAAAAGUUUUUGCCCAGAUUUUGCCAUUUUUAUAUUACCCUUACCCAUUUCCAGGUUACCAUGUCGAUUGAAGCUCUCCGCGCCGAAUUCAAGGCCAAUCUGCCAAUCUCAUUGGCCAUCAAGGCUGCCGACAGUCUGUACUUCAAGUCCAACCGCACCUACACCAACAUCCCCACCGAAGUCACCCAUAAGGGAGGUCAUCAUAAGGGACGUGGAGGUCAUCGCCGAAGCUCUCACGUUCCCUCCGUCCGUGAAGCCAUCGAUGAGGCCAAGAAGACCUUGGACGAAGUGCGCGGUGGAAAGGGAGGCCGUAGCAAGCACAACUCCAGAAACCGCAACCGUAAGGAGAUUUUGAAUUUAUUUUAUGUUGAGUCUGGAUGGUCAUGGUGAAUAAGGAGAAAUUUUGAUGUAAAACUUAGGAAAUGCUUAAAUUUUUGAGCUAAUUAGUUGUUUCAGGUCGCAGCACUUCUGGUGACAACGAUUUGAAGGCCGAAGUUGCUCAAUUGAAAGAGGAGAACGCUCAAAUCAAGAAGGACUUGGCUGAGUUGAAAGAGAUCGUCCAAAAGGUGAGCAUUUUUUUUUGUUCUUUCGGACUUUAGACAACCUAGAAUAUAUACUCGAGCAAUUAGCCGGUUUUUGAGCCUUUAAAUUUUUGUUUUGCCGGUUUCCUCUGGUCGAUAUUGUACUAGACACUAAAGCAGGGCUUUAGGCGCUAGUAUCCUCAAUCUUGGUUCUUGGUGAUGGGAAUCUGAGCUACUCAGCUGCUCUGGCCUCCCUUCUUCCUCAUGUUCGUAUAACUGGAUCGGUUCUUGAAGCUUCGGAAUCAGAAUUUCUCUCAAGAUAUCCUCGAGGUCGAGUUUCUCUGGAGGUUCUAAAACAAUAUCGUCCCCGUUGCUCUGUCGAAUUUGGAGUUGACGCCACUAAUCUGCCCGGCUUUGCAUACGAAUUUGGAUUGAUUAUCUGGAACUUUCCGCAUUUUGGAGGCAAAACUAACAUCAGAAGAUCGAAAUUGCUGUUAGGCCAAUGCUUUGAAAGUUUGGCCGAGAGGAUGGCCAAGCGGUCGAAGUUUCAGUUGUCCUUGACCUGUUUGCAAGCUGGAUUUGAUAUUCCACAAGGAAAUUUGUUCCAAAAGGACGUUCCACUUCAUCGGAAAGACAGUUGGAAUCCACUUGAAAUUGCGGCGAAUCAUGGAUUCUUGUUGAGCCGGGCCUUCGAAUUCCAGCCGGUUAAAGGCUACGCAGCCUCGGGGUAUUUAAAUCGGGACCAAUUUUUCCACAAUCGUAAUGCGAUCACCUUGGAAUUCGUCAAAUCGGAAGUCCCAAGAGCCUUGAAUGAAGCUGUUUUGAUGGAGAAAUCAGCGAAAGAGAAGCAGAAUGGGAUGAAAUACAGCAAAAUCCAUCAAGUUUUCCAGCAUGACGUCUCAAUUUUGUAUGAAAAAGGGAAAAUUGAUGUUGAUGAUGAGGAAAAGGCGAUUGAAGCUUUUGUUUUGUCCAAUUUUGGAGAUGUGAUUAGAGGAUUUGAAGAGAAAAAGGACCUCCGAUCAGUAUUUCAAGGCAGAAGGAAUCGAAUUUACACUUUGUUUUGGCAAGCCAUCAAGUUUCCCAUGUCGAAGGGACUUUGUAAUCAGCUCCAGGAGGAAUUUAGAGGAAGAUUGCGGGAUUUCCUGCCUGAUGGUGUCGAUUUGAGUUGAGAUUAAGGUACGGAGCUGAUCCAAUAGCAAAAAACGUACCAAUUUGCAUCCGGAAAGUAUCCAAAAAAUGUGGCAAAAUACCUCCCUCUCCAACGAAAAAAAUCCCAUUUUGAAGGGCGGCCUCGCAUAAAGAGCUGCCGCCCUUCAAAACGAGUUUUUUUUCACUUGGAGAGGGAGUUAUUUUGCCACAUUUUUUGAUAUUUCCCGGAUGUAAAAUGGUACGUUUUUUGCCAUUGGAUCAGGUCCGUCACUGUAGAUUUUGAGGUGCUGUAGAGUUUUUUUUUAUAUUACCUUAGGCAAAAGGCUUCAAUUUUUAAUUUUUUUGAUUUUAAAUACUUUUUUUUCGAUAUUAUACUUGGCUGUUGAGAAUAAAUAAUAUUGCAGCUGACCGGAGUAUGCCUUGGAUCGUCAGCCGCCGCCCCAGCUAAGGCCCCAGCCGCCACUCCAGCCGCCGCUCCAGCCAAGGAGGAAAAGAAGGAUGAGGACUUUGAUCUGUUCGGCUCUGAUGAUGAAGAAGAAGACGCCGAAGCCGCCAAGGUCCGCGAGGAACGCCUGAAGGCCUACGCUGCGAAGAAGGCGACCAAGCCCGGCCCAAUCGCCAAGUCGUCGGUUAUUCUGGAUGUGAAACCAUGGGAUGACGAGACUGAUCUGAAGGAAAUGGAGAAGUUGGUCAAGAGCAUCGAACAGGACGGUCUUGUCUGGGGAGCCAGUAAGUUUGAGGUGGUCUGUGGGUCAUAUUAUACAUGGCGUUGCAAGGAAAUGGGAGUACUUGAGAUUUUUUUGGAUUUUUAUAACUUGAUGUAGUGUGAUAUGAUUUUUUAUCCAUUAUGUCGCUUAAGGUUUAGUAUUCGAGAUGAAAAUAGUUUUACCAUGAUCUCAGAGAACUACAGGGCCAGAUGUAUCAUAAAAAUCCGAGAAAUUGGAGAUCUGAUGACUUUUUUGACCUAGUAUAAUAUAAUUUGAUAGUUUACCGCCAAAAAGGGUUAAAAUGAAGGAGUUGAAAUGUAGAUAGAAUUAUCGAUGUGUCAUCUAAACUUUACAUCUUUCAGCCAAACUCAUCCCCAUCGGAUACGGAAUCCAGAAGCUGCAGAUCGUCUCCACCAUCGAGGACGCCAAGGUCUCGGUUGAUGACCUCAUCGAGAAGAUCCAAGAAGACUUCUCCGAUCACGUCCAAUCCGUCGACAUUGUCGCUUUCAACAAGAUCUAA